CCCUGGGAUAUGGGGGGUUGCUCAUAACUACAACAACGCCGGAAAGAAGCCUCUAGCAACAGAACUCUCGUCGCUCCCGUUUUAGUCGCGUCGCUCCCCGGCUGAUCCUCCGCCAAGAAUGACUUCUCUUCUCGCUCCGCAUUCCGCCGUCACAGCCGGCGUGAAUUGCGCUGCUGCAUCUAGACGAGGAAUCGAUGGAAACGCGGCGAGACCUUCCGCACCCCUCCGUGGUCGCAUGUCAUCAGCAGAGUUUGUUUUCGAGAAUUCUGUGAAGCCAACUCGUCGCAUGUCAUCAUCAGUGACGUCACCCGAUUCUCUGAAUGGGAGACUACGGCUCUCUUCCUCCUCUUCCCAAUCACGGCCGUCCACGUCAGCAGCCGCUGGUUCCACGCGGAAUGUCUUCAUGGCCACGUCAUCGUCGUCGUCAUCCAGCACGGAGUCUGUAUCCCACAGCCCCUCGAUUCCCUGCGCCGCUUGCAGCGGAGAAGGCUGGCUGCUGUGCGAGGUGUGCCAAGGACAGCGGGUCAACGUGAAGGUCAACAAACGCCUCUUCCGCCGCUGCCCUGGCUGCUCCGCGGUGGGAAUGUUGCUCUGUCAGAAGUGUAAAGUGUACAAGUGUGUCACGUUUCCAUAUGGUGUUGAUAGCGGUGCUGUGGACGGGUAGAGCUAUGGAACUUAGUUAAUAUUGCGAGAUACCAUAAAUAUAAAUUCAUUAGCCCCUUCAAGUGUCAAACAUGUGUAUUUGUCAUGUUUGUAUAGACUGUAUAGGGUCGCCUCUUAGAGAGUACAUCACUUAGGUAUAUCUGUGUGUACUCUCACUCUAUCCAACAUUCA